AUCAGUGUGAGGAGUUUAGACAGCAUCGAUUUGAUUCGAUGAUUGACGCGGGGCAACUUCUACCCUAAUAUGGUUGAAUUUGUACACAUGACUUUGGUACGGGAGUUGGCGAAAAGAUUCUGACAAUUGUCCCCGCAGCAUCCCCCAACAGCCGCUAUGGGAAACUCGUUGGAGGGUGCUGCAACCAAGUCAGAGGACAAGGAAGAGACCGGCGGAGGGAUGCAGGCGAUGCGAGCGUUCACGUGCUGCUGCGCUCCGUCUUCUACCCGCAAGUUCACAGUGAAGGGAAUAGAAUCCAAGCCAACCUCCAGUUCCAGUGAUCUGUGGGGAUCCUCUCGACGAGGGUUGGAUGUCUCUCGCGUGCCUCAGACAGACGGCUGGAAGCAGACGUACGUUGGUGAGGGAACGAGAGGCUGGCUGGCUAAAACUUGACUACUGGUUGCUGUUCUAGCAGAUCAAGGCGGAACGUUGAUCACCAAGCACAAGGAUAUGGA